UUUGUCAAUAGUUUGCGGCGAGAUCAGCUGUAGUUUACGAUUAUUUUUUCAAAGUUAAAAAGCAUUUUUAUAUAAAACAAGGUUUAGUUGAUUUCAUAUUUAAUAUUGAAAGAGUUGUAAAGUCAUGGAGACAAUUGAAUUGAAGAAAAGGUUUGAGAUUCAUUUAGAAAAUGCCUUUGAUUAUAAAGAAGCAUUGGAAAGACAAAAACUUGAUCAUAAUGAUGUGAUAAAGUUGAGACAAAGAAUAGCAGAUAAAUCAAAAGUUCCUAAAUUUAUACACGAUAAGCAUCUCAUAUUAUUCUUAAAUGGAUGCAAAGGGAAUUUUGACGAGGCUGAAAAGCAUAUCGAGAAUUAUUUUGAAAUUAAAAUCACCUCACCUGAGCUCUUUUGGGAUAGAAAUCCAGAAUCAAGUGCUUUACAAUUUUCAUUCAAAGUGCAGCAAAUGUCUCCAUUGCCAAUAACUCCAAAUAAUUGUUAUGCUUUUGUACAUCGAGUUGCUGAUCUAAAUCCACAGAAUUAUUAUUACGAUGAUGUUUUUAAGAUGUUUAUGAUGAUGGCAGAGCACGCAAUAUUUACGAAUGGACCUAGAGAAGGUUCAAUCUUCAUAUCAGACUGGACUGGAAUUAGAUUUGGUCAUCUGUUUCGUGCAAGCAUAAGUUCGAUAAGGAAAAGUUUUGAUUUUAUUUUAAAUGCAAGUCCUGUCAAAAUGAAAGCAAUUCACAUACUGAAUUCUUCUUAUUUGGUUCAAAUUCUGCACACUAUAUGUAAACCAUUCAUGAGCCAAGAAUUCAUCGAUAUCGUUCAUGUUCAUCCAUCAAAUCUCAAUUUUGAAGAAUUUUUUGAGAAACAUAUUCCAAGACAUUGCAUGCCGGCUGAUUAUGGUGGAGAACUACCGCUUAUAGAAGUCUUGCAUGCCAGAAACAUUGAAAAUCUUCCUACAGAACCUUUCUUUGGCUUCAACAUAGUUUAUCCAACAUUUGCCAGAGUGUCAUCAGAAUGUAUAAAAGCGUCAUCAAGUUUAGUUGGCUUGACUCCAAAGCUAGAGCAAAUUUUAAAAAUAUCAACAAGAUUUAAUAGCAAGGAAUACAAUUCAUUAACUCAAAGUGUUAUGGACCUUAGAUUUUUCUUCAAUGGCUUAUACAUAUUUCUGCAGCAAUAUUCAGACUUCAUUAAUGAACCACCAAUAUCAAAUCCGUUGAAAGUUAUAACAUUACUUCAAUAUAGUGCACAACUUAUGGAAUCAGCAACAACACAAAUUGCUGUGGCAUCAAAAAAUUUUGGAAUGAUUUUUGGAAGCAAUUUAGAAAAUGUUAUGGAUAUAUUAAUAUCGAAAUAUUCAGAACAGUUGAAAAAUAUCAGAAUUGCGUUGGAGAUCCUUUAUUCAAAUUUUGAUUCAAUAUUAGACUCUGGUUCUGAUAUAUCAGUUGAAAUUCUAGAUGGAGAAAUUGAUGAUCAAGCUACAGCAGAUACAUUAGUUGCAUUCCAAGAAAUAUCGAUUGCAAGCAAGCAAACGACUUCUGUGAUUUUAGGUGUUCUGUCUAUUCUUCAAACUCUUGAAUCAGUUACAGCAAAAAUUAUGGAAUCAGGAAAUACGGAACAAUCAACAGUUUCAUUGCUUAAAUAUUCAUUAAAUCUUGAAAUAAAAUCAGCAAAACUUCAGUUCAAUGACCACAUUCGACAGAAUAUUGAUAAAAUUAUUCAAUCAUAUGGAAACUAUUCACAAGCAUCACAUGCAGUUUUUUCAAACACAACAUCUCAAGACUUUUUGAACAACCUCCAAGGUCAGCAAAAAAUACUUGAUGAUUUUGGAUCGCAGACUAGUGACAUGCUUUGGCAAUUUCAAAUAGAAUUUUCUAAACGACUACAAAGCUAUUAUGAUGGACUUUACAAUACUACUGAAGAUAGUAAGGAAUUCAUGUUAGCUGUCACAGAUGAACUAAAAUUAUUCCUUAGUCAUCUAAUCAUUGAAAAUGGUGGAACUAAUUUUAAAAACUGUUUUGAUCAGCCCAGUGAGUUACAACAGCAAGCAGUCUCUUUAAUCGCUAAAACUGAAGCAGACUUUACAAAAUGUGUCAAUGAUGAAAGAACUUUAUCAUUACAAAUUGAAAGCUUAAUGACAUUCAUUGUUGAAGACGUUACACUGAAUAUUCAGGGAGCAUUUGAUAGAUUAUGCAAAUGUUCUGUUACCGGAGGAAGUAAAAUUUUGGGAGUCACAAAAGAGUGCAUAAAUGAGAUAACCACAAACUUAUCAUCAACAUCAAUCAAAGAAGAUGACGAAUACCUAAAUAAUGAAUUAGAUGAAGCAACAGAAAUUUUGAAUAAAAGUAAAGAUCGGUUUGCAGCUUGUAUUGACAAUUUAAAGGAUACUCAUGAAAAAUCAUUUGUGGAUUUCCAACAUGCUAGUUUGACAUGCAUGGUUAGCUAA